GCAUCGAUUGCACCUGCGACAAGUGCCGGGGGCGAGCGGCGGAGCACGUGGCGGACUGGCCGUUUUUUGCAAGGCGUGAACCUGGCCAAAUCAUUCGACUUUGUCUCACUGCUGGGUUCCGCUUAGCCUCGUUUUGUCGUAUUUUUCCCGAGUCUCAAGUCACCAACGCCGAGGUAUCCUUCCCCUCCGAUAUUUCGAGAUCCGAAAAAAUCAGGGCAUCCAGCGGAAGGUGGCUGCAGGUUCAACGUCACCGAUCCGACCUCAUACCCACCUGCGGUAUUCGCAAUUCUACGGCAAUUAUGGCUCCAACCGAAAAAGCAGACAACAAGAUGCCUCACAGCCAAGGGGCUUUUGACGACGGCCCUCCUCCGCCCUAUGAGCUGCAUUCGACCGGACAGUUCUUGUCUACCACAGCCGCGGUCGCAUUGGACGGCACCCUUAAUGUCGAGCUCUCGUCAUCCAACGCCAGCGAGCUGCGCGCGUUGUUGCCGGCUGUCACCCCUUCUGAGCCCGUGCGACCAGACGCGGCGUCCGGACCCUGCCCACACCUCAACAUUGUGAUUCAAGUUGUUGGCAGUCGAGGUGAUGUCCAGCCAUUCAUCGCGUACGGUACCGCUCUGCAACGGUACGGCCACCGGGUGCGCCUUGCCACACAUGGGUGUUUCUCCCAGUUUGUCCGGGACUCGGGUCUCGAGUUCUACUCGAUCGGGGGCGACCCCGCGGACCUCAUGGCGUACAUGGUCAAGAACCCUGGUCUGAUGCCUUCGUUCGAGUCUCUUCGCGGCGGUGACAUCGGCCGCAAGCGACGCAUGAUCGACGAGAUGCUCCGGGGCUGCUGGGCCUCCUGCAUCGAACCGGACGCCGAGACCAAACGUCCUUUCGUGGCCGACGCCAUCAUUGCGAACCCCCCAAGCUUCGCCCAUGUCCAUUGUGCACAGGCUCUCGGGAUACCUGCGCACAUCAUGUUCACCAUGCCGUGGAAUGCCACCCGAGCCUUUCCCCAUCCGCUAGUCAAGAUGAGCUCCACAGACAUCGAACCCGGCACCGCAAACUGGCUUACCUAUGGCGUGGUCGAGCUCAUGACGUGGCAAGGCGUCGGGGAUGUAAUCAACCGCUGGAGAAAGGAGCAACUUGAACUGGACAAACUGGCCGAUUCCAUGGGACCCUCCAUCACAACCUACCUGCGUAUCCCGCACACGUACUGCUGGUCGCCUGCUCUGGUCCCCAAACCGGCGGACUGGGGCUCGGAAAUCGAUGUCUGUGGGUUUUUCAUGCGCGACGAGCCGAGCUACACCCCUCCACCCGACCUCGACAGCUUCCUGGCACAGGGGCCAGCCCCUGUCUAUGUAGGUUUCGGCAGCAUCGUUCUCGACCACCCGGACCGGCUUUACAAGGCGAUCAUCGAGGCAGCCAGACGGUGCGGCGUCAGGGUUAUCAUCUCCCGCGGUUGGAGUAACCUAGGGGGCGACGCCUGUAACACGGCCGAUGUGUUCCACUUGGGAGAUUGUCCUCAUGAAUGGCUGUUCAAGAGGGUUGCGGCAGUCGUACAUCACGGAGGAGCUGGCACCACCGCAUGCGGCCUUGUGAAUGCGCGGCCAACUCUGAUCGUCCCCUUUUUUGGCGAUCAACCCUUUUGGGGAAGCGUGGUCGCGGCAGCCGGUGCUGGUCCCAAGCCGAUCCCGCAAAAGGAGCUCCAGGCCGACAACCUGACCGACGCAAUCCGGUACAUCACCUCGGCCGCGGCCUACGAUGCCGCGACCCGGCUCGCCGCGCAGAUGCGCCACGAGUCCGGCGUCGACGCUGCCGUCCACUCGUUCCACCGGAACCUGCCCGUCGCGGUGCACACCUGCGAUAUCAUCCCGGACCAGGUGGCGCGGUGGUCCAUGACGAAGCACGGGAAGACCGUCAAGCUCUCGGACGCGGCCGUCGCCGUGCUCGUCGCGCAAAAGAAGAUCCGGAUUAGUCAGGUGAAGCCGCUACGCACCCGAGAAUACGACACUGAUGUCCGCCGGUGGGAUCCGAUAUCGGGUGGAGCCGCAUCGGUUAUGGGGACCGUGACCGACUUUGGCCUGUCGCUGGGUGGGCUCUUCGUCGACCCAUACAAGGCGUACAAGCGAGCUGCGGCGGGUGGUGGCCGUGGCUCGUCGGCCGCCGGCGCCGCUGCACUUGCGGUUGGCUCGAGCGCCGGGUCCAUGACGGGGGUGCUGGCCAAGGGCAUGCUCGUCGACAUGCCGCUGGCGCUGGCCGAGGGCAUGAAGAACGCCCCGAAGCUGUACGGUGAGGAGGUGCCGGACCACGGCAAGGUCACGCACUGGCAGAGCGGCGGUAAGGUCGCGGCUAAGACCUUCGGCUCAGGCUUUUACCACGGCAUAACCGGAGUGGCCAUGCAGCCGUGGGAGGGGGCGAAGAAGGACGGCUUCAAGGGCUUCCUCAAGGGAGCAGGCAAAGGCACGAUUGGUUUGAUCACCAAACCUGGAGCAGCGCUCUUUGGACUGGUGGGAUACCCGGCGCUUGGGAUCGCGAAGUCACUUUCCGCCAAGAAGGGUGUGGAGAAAGCCAUCCUAGGUGCGAAAGGCGAGCAGGUUGACAUUUGUGCAUCGCAUGGGGUAGGGGGUCAGGAUGUUGCUCAAAUCACGGCGCGAUUCGAGAACUUGUGUUUGUGACGGGGGCAGUGUACGAAUCGUCAUAGUUUUUCCUCAUAUUAGCUUAAUUACUGCUGAUUAUCUCGUGCAUAAAC